CUUUAUACCAUUCAACACAGUAAUAAAAAUCAGCGACAUGUCUCUUAAGAUCGUCAUCGUUCUUGCUGCCUUCGUCGGCGUGAUUGCCGCCCAGCAUUACUAUCAGCCUCAUCAUCACGAGGAGGAACACCACGGUCCAGUUCACUACGAGUUCAACUAUGAUAUCCACGAUGAUCACACCGGCGAUGUCCAUGGACGCAAGGAAUCCCGCAAGGAUGAUCAAACUCAGGGAGAAUACUAUCUGAUUGAUGCCGAUGGUCACAAGCGUACCGUUACUUAUCACGUUGAUGGCAAGAGUGGAUUCAUCGCCCAGGUUCACCGUGAACCAAUCAAGGGAUACCAGGCACCACAACAGGUGCACAAGGUUAUCGCUGCUCCUGUUCAUAAGAUUCUGGCCGCUCCAGUGCACAAAGUUUUGGCUGUUCCAGUCGACUAUCAACAUCAUUAUUAGAAAGAUCUCCAAAGAAAUAAAAAUUAGCAGAAAUUAUUUAGCCUAAAA